AUGUCUACUCAGUCAUUAGAAUGCAAGGCCAUUGGGUUCAUCGGUCUUGGUACUAUGGGCUUGCCCAUGGCUAUGAAUCUUGUCAAGAAACUGCCAGACACCACAUUGUACGUCUUUGAUAUCUCUGAUGACGCCGUCAGACAUGUCAAGGAGUUUGAUCCUACUAGAGUGAUCGCUUGCAAGAGCGCCGCACAUGUCACGAACCAGACGAAUAUUCUCAUCACCAUUGUACCAGAAGGCAAUCACGUCCGCGAUGUGUACCUCAAUCCAAGCGAAGGCGUGGUUACUGCAGACCUCGGAAACAAAAUACUGAUCGACUGCUCUACCAUCGACACAGAGACAUCGGCUGCAGUCGCGGAGGAGAUUAAGCGCCAUGAAAGCACGGCUUCGUUCUACGAUGCCCCGAUUUCAGGGGGUAGCCUAGGAGCGGAGAAAGGAAGUCUCACCUUCAUGGUGGGCAGCUCCAAAUCAGACCCUCAUUGGGCCUUACUGGAACAUGUAUUCAGCAAGAUGGGCAAGUCAAUCUUUCCAUGCGGAGCUCCCACCAUGGGCUUGUAUGCAAAGUUGUCUAAUAACUACUGCUCUGGUUUGAUCGCGAUCGCAACUUCAGAAGCUAUGAACAUUGGCAUGCGGGCCGGGUUAGACCCAAAGGUCUUGGCUGGCAUAUUUUCAGCAUCAACGGCCCAGUCAACGAUUUGUGACAAGUGGUGUCCAGUGCCUGGAGUCGUGCCAGAGGCGCCAUCAAGCCAUGGCUAUCAAGGAGGUUUCAAAGUCCAGUUGAUGAGGAAAGACUUUGCUUUAGCCUUGGAGGCGGCAAAAACAGUCAAUGCAGAGACCUUCCUGGGGAAGGCUGGUCUAGAUGUCUAUACUGGAGCUUCUAAUGACCCUAAAUGCCGAGACCUAGAUUCUCGGGUUGUCUUCAGUCACGCUGAUGUCACCCGCCUGCGUGAAGCAUCAAGCCAUAAGCCCUGUACAAUGUCUUUUCUUACACUGAUCGAGGAAGUCCUUCGACUUCAGACCAAAAAUGGCUACCAAACUUUGUUGGGCAUCGGAAUAAUGGUGCCAUUGGCUCUCUUUGGCCUCUACAUUUUCUACGUGCCAAACACGAUAACAGACCGGCGCAGGUUGAAGCUACCGCCAGGCCCUCCCGGAUGGCCCUUGAUUGGCAAUCUGUAUGACUUCUCCGACUCCGAACAAGUCCGUUACAAGGUUCGUCAAUGGCACAAGAAAUUUGGAGACGUAUUCUACACUAGAGUCGGUGGCGUGGACUACGUCUGGCUCUCCUCACCCAAAGCUGUGAAGGACUUGAUGGACAAGAGAUCAUCUAUUUAUUCCUCUCGGCCAUAUUUGCCGCUGGCACAAGAUGUGGCAAGCGGCCGAAGCCGCCAGUUAUUCAUGGCCUAUGGUCCAGAAUGGAGGAAUCUCCGGAGACAUAGUCAUGCCCUUCUCAACUACAAUGCGGCGGUCAAGUACCAACCCGUACAGGAUUUUGAGUCAAAGGUAGUGCUGAAUGACCUGUUGGAGAACCCUGAAGAGUUCUACACCAUCAACCGUCGCUACUCUGCCUCUGUCAUUAUGCUGGUCACUUACGGACAUCGCAUCCCUUCUUUCAAGGAUCCGCUGAUCACCAAGAUUUACUCGGUGCUUGAGCAUGUGUCAGUUGUGAUGGCUCCAGGUGCUUUUGCUGUUGAAAGCUUUCCUUCACUUGCCGUCUUACCGGAGUGGCUACUGGGAAACUGGUAUUCAUUGGGGAAAAAGUUCUUCGCUCAUGAUAGUAGAGUAUACCUCGAGCUGUGGGAGACGCUCAAAAAGAACACAGAUGAAGGCUCUGCCCCAGACUGCUUCUGUAAAGACUUCUAUCUCAACAAACCUGAGAAAAGCGGUAUCAACGACCUACUGGCCGCUUAUACUUGCGGAGGUCUCAUUGAGGCCGGCUCAGAGACGACUGCUACGACCAUCAAUAAUUGGACAUUGGCCAUGGUUCUAUACCCAGAUGUGAUGAGGAAAGCGCAAGAAGAACUCGAUCGCGUCAUUGGUCCAGGUCGUAUGCCAGAUUUUCAGGACGAGGCCGACCUACCGUAUGUUCGCGCUCUUAUCAAGGAAACCUUACGGUGGAGGCCCGUAAACAAAUAUGGAAUGUACCAUGCUUCAUCCGAAGACGAUUGGUACGAAGGCCAUUUCAUACCGAAGGAUUCUGUGGUGGUACUAAACUGGUGGGCUAUACAUCGUGAUCCCUCGAUUCAUUCGAAUCCAGACGAGUUCCAGCCAGAAAGGUAUCUCAGCAAGCCGUUGACGGCUGCAGAGUAUAUCAACGUGAACGAUGCAAGUGAACGUGACCAUUUUUCAUAUGGAGCUGGUCGCCGCGUCUGUCCUGGGGUCCAUUUAGCUGAAAAGUCACUCUAUCUUGUCAUUUCUCGUACACUCUGGGGCUUCAAUAUCUCCAAGAGGAAGGCGCAAGACGGGUCCAUCGUUGAGCCCGAAACCAAGAUGAUGGAAGGGUUCUUUAGUGUUCCAGUACCUUUUGAGUGCGAUAUAAGCGUUCGUUCGCCGCAGCACGCCAGUAUUAUGAGAGAGGCAUACAGAUCGUCUCAGGAAGAUGGAUUGCACUAUAGGGAGUGA